AAAUAUAUUUAUUAGACCUCUUCUACAUGUGUCAGACCCCAUAUUGCAUACAUUAUAAGCAGUUCUCUGUUCUUGAGUAGAAUGAGGCAAGAAAAAGUAUGAUAAACAUCUGAUAUAAUAUACUCUAUCACGUUAUAUAAAACACUAUGUAGUUUUUUCACAGGUAACCUUUGAUGUAGCUUGGUCACCAAAGAACAUAGACAAAAGAUGCUAUAAUUAUACUGGGAUUGCAGAUGCCUGUGACUUUCUCUUCGUGAUGUCUUAUGAUGAGCAGAGUCAGAUCUGGUCAGAAUGUAUUGCAGCAGCCAAUGCUCCCUACAAUCAGACAGUAACUGGAUAUAGUGACUACAUCAACAUGGGCAUUAGCCCUAAGAAACUCGUGAUGGGCAUUGCUUGGUACGGCUAUGAUUACACCUGCCUGAAUCUCUCAGAGGAUGAUGUUUGCACCAUUGCAAAGGUCCCUUUUAGGGGCGCUCCUUGUAGCGAUGCUGCAGGACAUCAGGUGCCCUACAAAGUGAUCAUGAAACAAGUAAAUAGUUCUGUUUCUGGAAGCCAAUGGAGUAAAGACCAGAAAGCUCCUUAUUAUAACUACAAGGAUCCUUCUGGCUAUUUUCAUCAAGUGUGGUAUGAUAACCCCCAGAGCGUUUCACUAAAGGCGGCAUUUGUCAAAAACUACGGCUUGCGCGGCAUUGGCAUGUGGAAUGCAAACUCUCUUGACUACUCAGAUGAUCCUGUAGCCAGAGAGCAAACGGAAGAAAUGUGGGAAGCCUUAAAGCCAGAGCUGUGAUGGAGAGGAGCAUCUUUUGUCAGAAUAUUAGAUUUUUCAGGACUGAGCUGUAUAAGUAGAUCUAACUUUUUGAAGAGAUAAAAAUGAAUAUAUUUUUGUCAUGUUGCUAUAAUUUACUUAUUGGUAUACUAUAUACACAGGUAAGAAAUAAAUUCUUCAUUAGCACUCGAAAAACACAUAUCUUAAUUAUCCAUGAAUAUAAAAGAAACAGGUCAGCUGACUCUAUUAAACAUUUCUGUAUAUUUCAGUAUUA